ACUAGCACAUGAAGUGUUUUAUAACGAAAUUAAAAGUGCAAAAAUUAGUGCCAGGCACGUAUCUAGUAAAUAUUAAUUGCACUCUAUUUAUCUAAGUUAAUAAAAAUGAUGUUUUAUCUGUUGCUAACAUUUUUCUACUCGGUGUGCUGCAGAAUGAAACUCACCUCUUGUGCAGCUUUCACAGCCUGGCACUGAGUGCAGGAGCCAGCAGUAUAUAACCAGCCACACAGAGAGGGGGCGCUAUUUCCCCAUUGCACUGAUACAUGAAGCAAGUGGGAUUCUACAACCUAAACACUGUUACACAAGCAGGAAAAGUGAUUUGAUCGGAUCAAUGACACAUUAUUGAUCAGAUUUAAUCUGAAGAUGAUCCGGUUCCGUUUGCUCUGGGUUUCAUUCCAGUGAAAAUCCUCUGAUCUGGAUUCAAAUUAAAGUUUUCAUAAAAUAAGCUAAAGCUUGGAUUUGUUGCCAUGGUGACGGCGCCCCCCGGUGGCUCCCUGUGUCGCUUUAUUGUUCUACUUUUAGAGAACUGCAAAUAAAUCUGUUGAACGUUUGGAUCAGAACCGGCUGAGUGUCUCCAACCAGCUGAUGAUUAACGCAGCAGGAAUAGCAGAAGUGUCCAGAAAGGGACGGAAACACGCGGACCGUCUGGGAGGUUCUGAGUCACCGGACCGGACCGGACCAGUCCAGUUCUGGGUCCGCCGCUGCUCUGUUCUCCUCAUGGACGCUCCGUGGGUCGGACGCUUUCUGGUUCUGCUGCUGGCGGCCGCCGCAGGUUUCUCCCCUGCAGCUGGCGGCUCCGGGGACGACAGCUGGUCCAUGCAGGUCCAGGCGGAGGUCCGGGGGAUGGACGGCUACCCGGUGGUGCUGCCCUGCACCUUCAGCCACCCGCAGCACUCCCAGCAUUCCCUGCUGCAGGUGAUGUGGCGGCUGGGCCACGGGUCGGCCGCCGCCAUCCUGUACCGCUGCACCAGCCGGCCCGGCGCCGCUGCCUGCGAACCCAACCCGCAGCAGGACCAGCGGUACCGCCUGGAGGGCAACCCGAGGGAGCACGACCUGUCGCUGCGCAUCAACGGCGCCACCCUGCAGGACAACGGCCGUUACUACUGCAGAGUGGAGGUUCAGGGGCGAGAACACGUCAGCUUUGAGGAUAAGAUGGGGACCAGGCUGCGGGUGGAAGCUCCUCCAAAGAUCCUGGCCAUGUCGGUGGAGGGCGGCGGUCCAGCCGGGUUCACCGCUGUGUGCCGGGUCCAGGGUUCACCGCUGCCGGAUGUCCAGUGGCUCGGCCCGGACGACCCACUGGAGGGCUCCUCGCUGGCACCGUCGCAGGCUCUGGGCUCGCCUGGCCGGUACCGGACCAUCAGCCAACUGAGGGACGUCCAACCGGGUCAGCGCUACACCUGCAGCGCCUCCAACCCGCUGGGUCGGGAGCAGGCCGCCCUGUUUGUCCUGCGGCCGCGCCCGCCGCCGCCAGCUGCCGGGCCACCGCCGGCGCUGCUGCUGCUGCUGGCGGCAGCUUUGGGCACCAAGCUGGUUCUGCUGGUGGGCGUCGGGGUGUGGAUGGUCCAGGGGGGGGCUCUGCAGGGCGUCGGCUGCUGGAGGAAGUGAUCUCACACUUCGCAAUCAGACCGCUUGCUGAUUGUCGUUAGUGAUCUGAUUUAAAGGGCCAGCAGCAUCUAAAAUCAUCUUUAUUCACCGUCCCAUCAUGUUUUUUUUUGUUCUUUCAUAAAUCCUUUAAUCUCCAUGGCAACCCCUCCUCCCCCACGCAGCCCCUUCAGACUAGCCAGCAGCAACUAGCAAAGCUGAGCUCAUGACAGCAGCUGGUGAAAAACACCAUGUUGACUUCCUAGAGGCAGAGCUUCAGAAAGAGCAGGAGUUUUUAAAGAGACAGACGCCCAAUUUCAAGAUGAUAAAUCAGGAAGUCAAAUUUAUUUGAUACAUGUAGAAUCUUCAUAGUUAGUUGAUUAUGUAUAAAAUGGACCUGAGUGUCUGGAAAACACAGAACGUUUCCAUCCAGGACCCCAAACAGCUUUGACCUUUGACCCCCUUUGCUACCUCCAGACGUUGCUACAAAAUAUAUAAA